UCUGAAGGAAACAUUAUGUUAUUUUCUUAUUUUUAAUAUAAACAAUGUGAUAUUGAAAUAAAAGUGAAAAUUAUAUUAUUUUUAAUAGUUAUAUGGUAAUUUGAGACAUAUCCUUGUUUUUAUUACACUCAAAUUUCUAAUAAUAAUCUAACGUUUCUAUUGACAUGCGCAACAAAAUAAAAGUUUUAAAAAAAUUGUGAAAAUGAGUACUUCCUCUUCACAAGUGAUCGAAGAGACAAUUUCAGUAGCAACAUCGGAUACAGCUCAAUUAGUUAGCAAUGAAGAAGCUACUUCAUCGAAUUUCACUCAACUCAACAAAUUUUCAGAACUCCAAGAAUCGAUGGAAGAUGAUUUGCAUGGUAGUCACGGUAUAAGAAGGAGACAACCAGUGCAAAAAAUCGAACCAGGAUCAUUAAAUAUUCUUUCAGCUAAAUAUGAGAGCUUAGAUUAUGACACAUGCGAAAAUCAUUUGCUCUUAGAUGAAGAAAGAAAAAGAGGCUAUCCUUUUGUUGUGUGGAAGGAUAUCGCUCGAUGGGUUAUUGUGUUGCUCAUUGGGGUAAUAACUGCCCUAAUUGCUUUCAUUAUAGACAUAUGUAUAGAAGAAUUCUCCAAAAUUAAAUAUGAGCAACUCAAGAAAUCUGUGGACAAAUAUGUGCUAUUGGACAAACUGUACAUUCCAUACCUGCUGUGGGUUUUAACAAAUAUUUGUAUAGUAUUCAUUGGAUCAAUGUUGGUCGCCUAUAUUGAGCCUGUCGCUGCUGGCAGUGGCAUUCCACAAGUUAAGUGUUAUUUGAAUGGAGUAAAAGUCCCGAGGGUUGUAAGGAUCAAGACUCUAUUUGUAAAGGCAGUUGGUGUAAUCACUGCUGUUGUUGGUGGAUUGGCUGGUGGUAAAGAAGGUCCGAUGAUACACAGCGGGGCGGUAGUAGCAGCAGGCAUAUCCCAAGGCAAAAGCACAACCUUCAACAAAGACUUCAAGAUAUUACAAUACUUCCGAGAGGAUCAUGAAAAACGUGAUUUUGUUUCGGGUGGAGCGGCUGCAGGGGUGUCUGCAGCUUUUGGAGCACCUAUUGGAGGCGUUUUAUUUUCUUUGGAAGAAGGCACAAGUUUCUGGAAUCAAGCUUUAACUUGGCGCACAUUUUUUGGGACUGUUGUGUCCACUUUUACUCUCAACUUUGCUCUGUCAGCUUAUCACGGUCACCCAGGAGAAUUGAGUUAUCCAGGCUUACUGAAUCUCGGAAAGAUGGAACCGUUUCCAUUCCAGUUCUAUGAAUUACCAGUUUUCAUGUUCUUUGGAUUAGUCGGAGGAUGUUUAGGGGCUUUAUGGAACCAUAUCAAUUACAAAUUGUCUGUUUUUCGCAUAAGGUACGUGAGCGCGGCGUGGCUGCGCGUGGUGGAGGCGUGUCUGGUGGCGGCCGUCAGCGCCACGUGCGGGUUUCUCAUGAUGUUCCUGUUGGACGACUGCCGGCCCCUCGGCGAGGACCCCACCAAGGUUCCGCUACAGCUCUUCUGUGCGGACGGUGAAUACAAUACGCUUGCAGCGAUCUGGUUCCAAACGCCCGAGGCAUCGGUCCGGUCGUUCCUGCACGACCCGAUGGGCUCCUACAAGCCAUUGUCGUUAAUGUUCUUCGUGAUCUGCUACUUUCUUCUGUCGACGUGGACUUUCGGUCUGGCGGUCUCCAGCGGUCUCUUCAUUCCCAAUCUGCUCACCGGUGCCGCUUGGGGACGACUACUGGCUAUAUUCAUACAAUUCAUGCUGCCUCAGAAUAGCAUCAACCCCGCGAAGUACGCGCUGGUGGGCGCGGCGGCGCAGCUGGGCGGCGUGGUGCGCAUGACCAUCUCGCUCACCGUCAUCAUCAUAGAGACUACGGGACAGAUCUCCAACGCGCUGCCCAUCAUUAUCACCCUCGUCGUCGCCAAGUGGACCGGUGAUUUCUUCAACGAGGGUAUCUACGACAUCCACAUCCAGCUGGCGGGCGUGCCGCUGCUGCCGUGGGAGCCGCCGCCGCUCGCGCACAACAUCUACGCGUCCGAGGUGAUGUCGCACCCCGUGUUCACUCUCCGCACGGUCGAGAACGUCGGCCACAUCGUCGAGAUCUUGCGAGUCGUGUCGUACAAUGGCUUCCCGGUGGUCGACCCGCCGCUGGCCGACGACGCUGAAGUUACAACGUACAAACGAUUGCGUGGACUUAUUCUGAGGUCUCAGCUGAUAGUUCUGCUACAGAAUAAGAUUUACAACGAGAACGCAAAUACGACGUGGUCCAACUUCAAUGUGGACAUGAAUAUGUUUAGACGAGAGUAUCCCCGAUAUCCAUCCAUAGAUGAGCUCGAAAUAUCAGAUUGGGAGAAGACAUACACGAUAGAUCUGCGGCCUUUUAUGAAUCCGUCGCCCUACACGCUCCCGCACCGAGCUUCGCUACCUCGUCUAUUCAGACUGUUCCGUGCGCUCGGCCUUCGACAUUUACCCAUUGUGAACGACCAUAAUGAAGUUGUAGGGAUGGUGACACGUAAAGAUAUCGCCAGAUACAGAGUAUGGAGGCAUCGAGGUCACAUGGGCAUGGAGGAAUUGUUACUUUCUAGUGAAAUUUAACAAACGCAUAAAAUUAGAUCACACGACAUAGGUACACAGCCUGAACAAACCAGUCAUAUGAAAAUGGAGGACAUUGCCAUAUAGUGUAAUUUAAUUGAUAUACAAUAUGAUAUUAUGAAAUUCCAAUUAUUAUGGAUAUAUGACGAUAUUAUGGGUAAAAUAUUAUUAUUUAGUGCACAUAUAUGUUACUUUGUGUUCUUAGAUCCUUAUUUUUUUAUGUACAAAUAAAGAUAAAUAUUUAUGGUGAUUUUAUAUCGGGCUAUGAUGAAAAGCUGGUAUUAUAAUAUAGAAGCUAAAUAAAACUGAAUUUCAUAGAUUAAGAAUCAAUUAAUGUACUUAUGUGAUCAAUGUUAAUCAAAAGACAUUUACCAAAGCUAUGUAUAA